AUGCUCUCACUAUGGCCGUUCGCGGGCCCGUCUACUAGCACGUCGAUAUCGACUCCAGCAACUCCAUCGACAUCAGCAUUCAGCCUCCGUUCCGUCAAUCCUCUGCAUAGAUCCCAGUCACAAGCAAAGAGUGCAACCAUCUCACCAUCGCCUCCAACCAGCGAGGCAAGACUGACAGUAUGGUCCGUCGUCGAGCAGUCGUCGGACCUGGUCGGAACCGCUCUCUCGAACCCCGUCGGCGCAGCAGCAGCUGGCGUUACAGCAUCAUCACUGGGCGCCUUGUUGUGGUGGCGCUACUUCCGACGCAUCCCUACCGCCGAACAUAUCACACCGUCCAUUCUGCGCUAUCGCAAGGUGCUCGUCGGCCGAGUGAUCACUGUAGGCGAUGCCGAUGGGUUCCGAUUCCACCACACUCCUGGCCCACCUUUGCUAAGAGACUGGCUCAACCCAUGGCCGCCUCGCACAAAGCGUAAAAGCGGCGGCAGUGGGGGGCGUUCCAAGCUGGUGCAGGAGACCAUCUCCGUGCGCAUUGCCGGUGUCGACGCGCCCGAAAGCGCACACUUUGGCAAACCAGCGCAACCGUUCUCGAAAGAGGCAAAACAAUUCCUCACCUCGAUGGUGCAAUCCCCUUCGUCGCCGGACAACUUGACACCGCCCAAAAAGUCGUUCUUUGGCGCCAACUCCCACGCUCACAGCAGCUCGCCUUCGCCCACCGUACACGAGGUAUCCAGCAAACUCGUCUGGCUCUACCCGUCGCACAUCGACCAGUACAAGCGGCUCGUGGCCACGCCUUACGUCUGGAACGCCCCGUACGUGUUUGGCAAGACAAAUGUGUCGCUGGCUAUGGUCAAACAAGGGCUCGCUACAGUGUAUAGGGCAGCAGGCGCGGACUACGGUCAUGCGACCUGGUGGGCCAAAGUGUGGAGAAAGUCGACGACGGGCUUGAAUGCGUUGGAGAGGGCAGAGAGUAAGGCGAGACGCCGGAGAAUCGGCAUGUGGAGUUUGGGCAAGAAGUUUGAGAGUCCCGAAGAAUACAAACGCCGGAUGAAGGGGGAGCAGUGA